UCCAAGAAAAAAACAUCAGUUCUAAUUGAGUUAAUUACGUGAAUAAGUUCAAGUUUAUUUAUCAUUUCAAAAUGAAAUUCAUUGCUCUCUUUGUUAUUGUUGCUUUUUGCUCAACUGUUAUUAAUGCCAGUCCAAAACGAAUAAUCGAUAGUAAUGACAUUGAUGUCAAGUCUAACCAAUACGAUUAUUCAACUCCAACCUUAUACCUCAACAAUGAGGAUGACCGAUACGAUCAAACAACUCCAGCCCCAGACAACAUCAAAAAGGAUCAUCGAUAUGAUCCCUCGACUCCAGCUUCAUACGUCCCCUCAUCUCCAGCCUCAUACGAUCCCUCAACUCCAGCCUCGUACGACGAUAAAGAGGUUCACCAGUCCAGUCCCACAACUGAAGGAUCAGACAGCAUCAAAGAGGAUCAUCGAUAUGAUCCCUCGACUCCAGCCUCAUACGAUCCCUCAACUCCAGCCUCAUAUGUACCUUCAUCUCCAGCCUCGUACGACGAUAAAGAGGCUCACAGUCCCACAACUGAAGCAUCAGCUAACCACAACGAAACUCAUCGAUUCAAUCCCACAACUACAGCUUCAUACAACUUCAAUGAGACUCAUCAAUUUAAUCACUCAACUCCAUCCUAUUACAACGUAAACGAGACUCAUCACUUCAACCACUCAACUCCAGCCUCAUACAACUUCAACGAGACCCAUCGAUUCAACCACUCGAUUCCAUCCUAUUACAACUAUAACGAGACUCACCGAUACAAUCACUCAAUUCCAGCCUCAUUCAACUUCAAUGAAACUCACCGAUACAAUCAUUCAAUACCAUCCUAUUACAACUAUAACGAGACUCAUCACUUCAAUCACUCAAUUCCAGCCUCAUACAACUUCAAUGAGACCCAUCGAUUCAACCAUUCAAUACCAGCUUAUUACAACUAUAACGAGACUUACCAAUUCAACCACUCAAUUCCAGCUUAUUACAACGUAAAUGAGACUCAUCGAUUCAACCACUCGAUUCCAGACUAUUUUGGACAAAAUGCAACUUCUUACAACAACGAUGUUUACAACAGAUCCAUGCAAUUAGAAAACAUUUCCAAUCCAAUUUAUUCCAACAAUAUGACUUUGAACUAUACAAUGCAAAACUCACCCAUUUAUCAAAACGCUAAAUAUCAUCAACUCAACUCUACGGAUCUUUUCAAUAGCACUAAAUCAAAUAUGACAGAAGUUGACAUCUACUCAUUACCUACCAUUAAUGAAGUAAAAUCAUUGCUGUCUGAUCUUCGUACUAUUAAAUCUUCUUUGGAAAGCAAAUUAAAUGAUUUAAGUGCUUUAACAAACCAUGAGCUUCACCAGGCUGCACACAAGCACACUGAAAAAGAGGAAAUCAAAGUCACCGAGACCAAGUCAAGAACAGAGAAAAAAGGUAACUCUGAAAUCACUGAAAAUUUUGAAACGAAAAAGUAUAUCAACCGAGAAAAAAGCUGGGAUGAAUGAAUACAACAAUCACUUUCAACUUUAAAAGUGUUUCUAUUUUCUUGAAAAAAUUAAUAAAAUGAUUGCAUAUUAAA